CGAUAAAGCCUACUCUCUCUAUCUGUCUCUCAAAAUCCAGAAGAUUCUGAAAUUGAAUCUUGAAUUUUCUCGGGAAACUCCAAGAAAAUCUUCAUUUCAGAUCUCUACUCUCUGAACCCAGAACAGAGUUUGAAAAUUUCCUUUCAAAUUUUUCUGGGUUUUCUUUCAACGGCACCAACACCUUCAGCCAAAUCAAAUCAAAUGGCUCAUACACCUUCUUCAAAAUCAAAUCAAACCCUGCUAAAGACACCCCAAUCGAAGCACCGCUUGAAUUUCAACAUGGCAAAACCAUCCCCAAAUCCAAACACCACAGCCAGAGAACUCCCACCAACAGAACAUCCAGUGGAAGUUAUAGGCAGAAUACGAGACUACCCGGAUAGAAAAGACAAACCCAUCUCAGCAUUGCAGAUCAAUCCAGAUAGCCAGUCUCUUCGUGUGCGUACCGAUAUUGGGUACCGAAAUUUUAGCCUAGAUGGGAUUUCAUUAUCUGAAGAAGAAGAUCUUGAUGGGUUUUACAAGAAGUUUGUGCAAUCUAGGAUUAAUGGUGUGAAACUGGGGGCUAAGUGUACAGUAAUGAUGUACGGUCCAACGGGGUCUGGUAAGAGUUAUACCAUGUUUGGAUGUGCAAAACAGCCAGGGAUUGUGUACAGAUCUUUGAAGGAUAUAUUGGGUGAGGGUGUUGGGGUUGGAACAUUUGUUCAAGUAACUGUCUUGGAGAUAUACAACGAAGAGAUAUAUGAUUUGUUGUCGACGAAUAAUGGUGGAGGAUUGAGCCUUGGUUGGUCUAAGGGCAGUGCAUCCAAGGUAAGACUUGAAGUGAUGGGAAAGAAGGCGAAGAAUGCAACCUUUAUCUGUGGAAAUGAAGCAGCAAAGAUAUCAAAAGAGAUCCAAAAAGUUGAGAAGCGAAGGAUUGUCAAAAGCACACUCUGCAAUGAGAGGAGCUCUCGAAGCCACUGCAUGGUAAUUCUUGAUGUCCCAACUAUGGGAGGACAGCUUAUGCUUGUUGACAUGGCUGGUUCUGAAAAUAUUGAGCAAGCUGGUCAAAAUGGUUUGGAAGCCAAAAUGCAGACUGGAAAGAUCAACCAAGGAAAUAUAGCACUAAAGAGAGUGGUAGAGUCCAUUGCAAAUGGUGAUUCUCACGUGCCGUUCAGAGACAGCAAGUUGACUAUGCUUUUGCAGGAUUCAUUUGAGGAUGAUAAGUCGAAGAUUUUGAUGAUAUUGUGUGCUAGCCCGGAUCCCAAGGAGAUGCACAAGACGAUUUCUACUCUUGAAUACGGAGCAAAAGCAAAAUGCAUUGUUCGUGGUCCUCAUACACCACUCAAGGACAAGCAUGGCACGGAAGAUUCAUCAUCAGCAGUUAUUUUAGGAUCACGGAUCACAGCUAUGGACCAGUUCAUUUUCAAACUACAAAUGGAAAACAAGCUUAGAGAGAAAGAGCGCAAUGAAGCCCGUAAAGAACUUAUGAAGAAAGAAGAAGAAAUUUCUGCUUUAAGGGCUAAACUUACAGUAGUGGAAGGGAAGGAAUUGGGGACGAGUGAAAUUAGCAUGAAGGUGAAUGAGAGAAUCCAUACGCUGAAAAGCGAGUUGGAGAAGAAAAUACAAGAAUGUGAGAAAAUGGCAAAUGAUUUUGUUGAAUUGGAGAGGAGGAAGAUGGAAGAAAGGAUAUUGCAACAACAACAAGAAGUUGAAAUUCUUAGGCGACGUUUGGAGGAAAUUGAGUUAGAGCUACGGUGUUCAAAGGACAGAAAUGUUAAUGGGCCUAAUGACAUUGAUGGAAGUGGAUUUGCCAAAAGGCUAUUAGACAUUUAUGCUGACGAGGAUCCAGGGAUGGAGAAAUCAAUGGAUUUGGAUAAAUCGAUGGAUCUGGACAUCGGUAGACAAAUCAAAUAUUUUGAUGGCGGGGCUAAUACAAUAGGCAACAAUUCUAACUUAGCCCUUUGGGAUCUGCCCAAUAUAAAUGGAUUGAAUGAUGAAGAUCAUGAUGAUGACGAUGAUUUUGCCCCAAGAUUUGCCAAGAAAGUAAGUUUGAGCACUGUAUUUGAGGAAGAAGUAGAAGAACAUGAGGCAGACAAAGAGAAGUCAGCUGAUGAAGAAGUGGAGAAAGAGGUAAUAGAAGAGAAGACAGUAUAUUCUAGUAGGAUGGAAAACGUUGAAUGGUUCGCAGAUAGAUCAUGCUAUGUAGGUUCAGGAUUGAGAGGUGAACCUGAAGAUGCUAAGGAUGCAACAUCUUCUAGGCUAGAAAGAAUCCAAAACAUAUUCACACUUUGUGGGAACUAUCGAGAGAUUUCUCGCGAUAGAACCCCAAUUCCAGUCAAAAAGAGGUUUGACAGCUUUGAUCCUCACUCAUCUCCCGUGAGAACACUUGAUGAGGAUUCUACUUUGAAAAAAUCAUCCAAUGAAAUCUCUGCAGAAUCACUGAUGAACAAAAUCCGGGAUUCUGAUGAGCUAUCAGUGGAUUCAAAGGAGAACUACGAAUCAUUAGAAGUAAGCACUGGUGGUGAUCUGGUUGAAGUGUAUGUGAAAUGGGAAGUGUCAAAGGAACAUGCUGGGAAGUUUAUCACCACUCUAAAGGUUGUAAAGGAUGCGACCCUUGCUGAUCUGCGGAAGCUGAUUGAAAUCCACCUUGGUGCAGAAAAACAAGCAUUCACUUUUCUCGUGCUUGGGGACCCGACUGGAGCUCCAGUCGUGAGAGAGAAGGAAGCCACGGUGCACGCAAGCAAACUUCCCAUUUGCAACCAAAUACGAGGCCAUCUGGCUUGUUUGCGUCCUGUGAAAGGAAUCCAAGGUCCAAAUCAUGUUCCAUUCAGUCCACUGGAAAAUAUACUAAAUGUCACAGCAAGGUGAUUGAUAUAUGCUUUUUUCUGAUGUUUUAGUUGCUGUGUCCAAACUUGAUUGUAGUAUGUGUGUGUGGUGUGAAUUUCUAUGUAUCAAACAAAGUGCAUUCUGAGUAUAUAAGGUAUGCACUCCUAGUGCAGUUUUUCCAGAUUUUUUGGUAGAUAUUCUUUGUUGACAUUACAACUUCACAAGAUAUAUGAGUAUAUUUUUUUUGUCGUUGGUAAA